AUGGCUUCAACUUCCUCAUAUCCGCAGAAAAGAUCAAUUGUCAGUCCCAAAGUAUAUGAUUCAUUCAUUAGCAUACGGGGCACUGAUGUCGAAGACACCCUUGCUAAAGAGCUGCAUGACCACCUUAAGGACAGACUCUGCCAGGCAUUUGUAGACCGUGAAGAGACAGAAGGAGAAGAUUCUAUUCCAUCUGCAAUUCACAAUGCCAUAUGCACAUCUGUGGUCCAAAUAGCCAUUUUUUCAAGAAGAUAUGCAGAGUCCCCGUGGUGCUUAGACGAGCUCGUUCUUAUAUUGCAACAAACUGACGCCCUCUUUAUACCUGUCUUCUAUGAUGUCCAACCGUGGGAGCUACGCUACAUCGACAAUGACAAAUCACAGUAUGCUGCGGCAUUUUCUAAUUAUUGGAGUAAAGGGAGGAAUCUUGAUAAGCUUUAUAAAUGGAAAAGCUCCCUGGAAUCUGCUUCAAAUAUAUCUGAGAGAUUCUCGGUUUUGGGUUUCAGCAAUUUGUGUGAAAGGAUUGUGUCCCGUGUGCUGCAAGAAAAGGAAAAGAGGGCCCUGUUACCUGUUGCGAAAUAUCCGGUUGGACUUGAUGAACUCGUCGAAGAUUUUGAAAGGUCUUGUUCAAAGGCAGCAAGGGACAGGGUCACGAUAGUAGGGAUCUUUGGACUUGGGGGUUCUGGCAAGACCACCCUGGCAAAAGAAUUGUAUAACAAUAAGCGUUCAGGCUACGAUGCAUCAUGCUUUCUCUCUCAUGUGAGAAAAUCGCAUGCCAAUAGUGCUUUACCUUCCAUGCAAAGUAAGCUCUUCUAUGAUCUCUUUCAUGAAGAUCGAAAGUUUGGCGAUACUACUGAAGGAAUAGGACAGCUGGAGCAUCGUCUCAGAAAGGCAAAGCAUUUGCAUUUUCUUAUUGUCCUCGAUGAUAUAGAUCAUCGAGACCAGGUAGAUACCUUGUUACCUGAAGCUAUGCUGAGCUCUGAUAGCCUGGUAAUUAUUACAACCCGUGACCAAAGUGUGUUAACGGGUGCAGAUAUCCAUUAUAGGAUGAAGGGGAUGAAUUGGGAUCAUGCUAUAAAUCUUUUCACUAGCCAUGCUUUAGGCAGACCGAAUCUACCUCUAUCUCCUACAUAUGAGAAUUUGAAUGAAAGCUUCGUGAAAUUCUGUGGAGGUUUACCCCUCGCACUUAGAGUUUUGGGCGACCAUCUUUAUGGUAAGAAUGAAGAUGAUUGGGAGUUGGAAUUGGAAAAAGUUAUGGAUACCCAGCCCAUGGAUAUAAUGCAAAGCCUUAAAAUCAGCUUUGAUGGUCUGGACAGUCAGGAGAAACAGAUAUUUAUAGACAUUGCUUGUUUUUCCAAUAAGAAGACAGGAUAUCUAGUUAAAAAUGUGGCCAUAUCAAUCUGGAAUGCAUCCGGUUGGGACGCUGAGCAUGCAGUUCAAACCCUGCAAGAUAGGUGCCUAGUUGAACUGAGCAAGGAUGAUGAGUUUCAAAUGCAUGAUCACGUCCGCAAUCUAGGAAGACAAUUGGCAGACCCUCCUCGGUUGUGGAAUUCAGAGGUUCUUAGAUCUAUGGAAGCAAAGGGAUUUAAACAAAUCCUAGAACAAACAAAGUGCAGGUGUUUUCAUUCCUUCAAGGACUCAACCCUUGAAACUGAAAUUUCUUAUUUAAUAGGUAGUUCGGAUGACUCUUCUGAGACUGAACUCCUGUGGCUUGAACUUGGUAACAAAGAGGGCAUCUUAAAAAGCAUUCCUACAUGGAUUCCUCUACAAAAACUGCGCUAUUUAUCUGUUUCGAACAUCGAAGAAUUGUGGAGCACUUUUCAGCAGCAGAUGCAGACCAAUACCCAGGGCAGUUUCGAUAUGAGAAUACUGUUCAUCUCACGAUCUCCCUCGUUGCAAAGUCUUCCAGAUUCAAUAGGAAAGUUCAUUAAUUUGGAAGAAUUACACAUACUAGAUUCCUUGGAGAAAACUUAUAUAGAAUUCCUCCUAGAAUCACUUCAAAAACUUAGUAAUCUUAGAUUAUUAAGUAUGUCUGGGGGCGGCAUCUCUUUAAGUGGGAUUUUUAAUCUAUAUUCACCUCAUUUCGAGGGUUUUAGAAGCAGCCGCAUGAAUAGCCUUGAAACCGUACAACUUGGCCAUCUUGAUGAUAUAUCCAUCUUGGCAAUUAGUGGAAAGAUGUGUCCCAGACUUCGAUCACUGGAAGUUAAAUACAUGGAAAAUUUAAAAGAAAUGGAAAUAGAGCAGCUAGAGAGACUGAAAACUCUUGCAGUGCAUAAAUGUCCAAAAUUGGAAACAAUAUCAGGGUUAUCUUCUGCAGCAGAGCAUCAAGUCAUCUGUAAACGGAAGAAAUCGAUGAAAUCGUCGCAAAGCCUCGUACGUCUAUCCUGCCUGGAGCGUAUUGAUAUUGGUGAAUGUCACCAGCUGCAGAGUAUAGAAGGUCUCGACGAGUUGCAAGGAUUGAAAAGUCUGGUAAUACAAGUGCCCGAAUAUGGAGAUCCAAGUGUAUGGAAUUGCAUUUGUGGACUGAAGAGGUUGCCGACAGAGUAUACGUUUUUAAUAGGGAAGGCAGUGCCUAAAGCGAUAAGCAAUUUGAAUAUAAACUUAUUUUCGGAAGUGAUCGACGCCCAAACAGUCGCUGAGGUAAAGAGAGGAGAGCAUGUGGUGGAGAUGGGAAGCUCAUCGAGUGCAAUCACUAUAUAUACUUUUCUUAUAACUCCUUCAAUGAAUAUGAAGCUCACCCAUAAAAGUCACACCAGUGUGCAUCUCUUUCAAAAGAGAGGAGAAUGGAUGAUUGUAGGUUUACUGAUGCCGGGUGAUAGUAUUGUUAGCCUCAGUGGAGUCAAAAUAAAGAAAGGCUUAAUGGUCACCAUUAACAAAAUUGAAGAAGGGAAAACCUUAAUUUUAUUGCAAAGAAUUGUUGACAGAUUAUACAGAGAAAGUAUGCGACCAAAGUUGGCAGCAUAUGAGGUGUUAAAGCGAAAGAGAUAA